UCUGCAGGUGAGCACAGGCAUACGCGUGCGGGCUCACUAACGGCAGGCGCAGGACACGUCGACGUGCCGCGCGACGCGUACGACGACCGCGAGCACGCAGGGCCAAUGCCCUGCGUGUAGGCGCGGCCGACGAACAAUCGGCGGGCGGACCAGCGCGAGCGCACAGGCAGGCGAGCGGGUCAGCGGGCGGGCACGUGGGAUGGCGAGCGCGCGGACGAGCGACCGAACGGACGGGCGGGAAAGCGAAUGAGUAGACGGCCAGGAAGGCGGACUGGAGAGCUCGCGGAUGGAUGGGAUGUUGGGCAGGGAAGUGGGCAAGCGGGAACAGAGGAGGGUGGGUGCCCUGCGCAGUCACGGCCGAUGAACGCGUACGGGCGGGCGGUCACACAACCAGGCAAGGAUGCACACGGCAACCGCACGCAGAACAUUGCUGACGAACCGGCGAGCGAAGGGAGCAAACGGGAGGGCUCGCGGGUGGCGCGUGCAGACGGGACGCAGGGCGGGAAGACGGGAAGACGCAUGGGCGAAAGGCUCGCUGGGAUGCGCGAGUCGAUGGUACGGUACCCGGGCGGGUACGGGUACGGGUACAGGUGACUACCACUGGCAGCGCUGGCGGCGGGAGCUACACAUACGUAGACUUUUAAUACUGAACUUGAUUACUAUCAGUACUU